AUGGCAGCGCAAAGUAGAUACUUCAUUUUGCUCAAAGAUGAUGCGACCCCAGAAGAUUUGGAAAAAGUUGAAGCACAUAUUAUUAACACUGGAGGCAAGAUCGUUCAUAGAUACACGGAGGUUCUCAAGGGAUUUGCCAUCUCUAUGCCUGAAGACGUAGUUAUGACGAUGAUAACCAGCGUAGACUCCACUGAACUCGAUCAGCCAG